AUGUUCUCUCGAAAUAAUUUAAUUUUCCUCUUCAUCAUUGUUUUUUCUCUGUUUCAAGUUUCUGUUUUCGCAGUUAAAAAGUCUUACAUAGUGUACUUGGGAUCACAUGAUCAUGGUGAAGGAGUUACAGAAGCCGAUUUCGAUCGAGUUACAGAAACUCAUCAUGAAUUCCUUCAAUCCUAUUUGGGAAGUUAUGAGAAAGCAAAAGAUGCAAUGAUAUAUUCUUACACAAGGAAUAUCAAUGGCUUUGCUGCUAUUCUUGAAGAGAAACAUGCUUCUCAGAUUGCAGAACAUCCAAAUGUUGUGUCAGUGUUGUUAAACCGAGGAAGAAAGUUACACACUACACACUCGUGGGAAUUUAUGUCAAUGGAACAGAAUGGUGUGACUCCCUCUGAGUCUCUCUUUAGAAAAGCCAGAUACGGUGAAGAUACUAUUAUCGGGAAUCUUGACACUGGUGUAUGGCCAGAAUCUCCGAGUUUUAGAGAUGAAGGGAUAGGUCCCAUUCCUUCAAGAUGGAAAGGAACAUGUGAGGGUGAUAUUACCGGCUUCCGUUGCAACAGGAAACUAAUAGGGGCAAGGUACUUCAACAGAGGCUAUGCUGCCUAUGCAGGUCCAAAGACAAUACAAAACCACACACUCAACACUGCAAGAGACUAUGAAGGUCACGGAUCUCACACACUAUCAACAAUAGGAGGAAACUUUGUUCAAGGAGCCAAUAUUUUUGGUUUAGGCAAUGGAACUGCCAAAGGUGGUUCUCCAAAAGCCAGAGUUGCUACUUACAAAGUGUGCUGGCCACCAAUUGAUGGCAAUGAAUGUUUUGAUGCUGAUAUCAUGGCAGCUUUUGAUAUGGCUAUUCAUGACGGUGUUGAUGUUCUUUCACUCUCUCUUGGCGGUUCUGCUUUUAAUUACUUUGAGGAUGGUCUUUCAAUUAGUGCAUUUCAUGCUGUUAAGAAGGGUAUCACUGUGUUAUGUUCAGCUGGAAAUUCUGGACCAACACCUGCAACUGUUUCAAACAUUGCACCUUGGAUAUUAACUGUAGCUGCUAGCACCUUGGAUAGAGAAUUUCAUACUGGUGUUCAACUUCAUAAUGGACAAAGAUUCAAGGGAGCAAGCCUUUCUAAAGCUUUGCCAGAAAACAAGCUUUAUCCACUCAUCAGUGCUGCUGAGGCAAAACUGGCUGAAGCAUCAGUUGAAGACGCUAUUCUAUGUAUGGAAGGAACAAUUGACCCUAAGAAAGCAAGGGGUCAAAUAUUGGUUUGUCUUAGAGGUGAAACUGCAAGAGUGGAAAAGAGUCUUGUUGCUUUUGAGGCUGGAGCAGCUGGAAUGAUUCUUUGUAAUGAUAUGACUAGUGGCAAUGAGCUUAUUUCUGAUCCUCAUUUCCUUCCAACAUCACACAUUAAUUACGAAGAUGGUGUUGCUGUCUAUGCUUACAUCAAUUCAACCAAGAAUCCACUGGGAUAUAUUCAUCCACCCAUAACAAAGUUGAACAUAAAGCACUCUCCUAGCAUGGCAACUUUUUCCUCCAGAGGGCCAAACACUAUCACACCAGAGAUCCUCAAGCCGGAUGUAACCGCACCAGGGGUGAACAUUAUCGCCGCCUACUCAGGAGCGGUUAGCCCUACGGAGAUGGAAUUCGAUAAGCGGAGAGUUCCUUUCAUCACAAUGUCUGGAACAUCCAUGUCAUGUCCUCAUGUGGCUGGUAUUGUUGGCCUUCUCAAAACUCUCCACCCUGAUUGGAGUCCGUCAGCUAUUAAAUCCGCAAUCAUGACAACUGCUAGGACAAGGGACAACACUGCUAAACCAAUCCUUGAUAACAAUAAUAUGAAGGCAACACCAUUUGCAUAUGGUUCAGGUCACAUUAGACCAAACCGUGCAAUGGAUCCUGGAUUGGUCUAUGAGUUGAACAUCAAUGAUUACCUAAACUUUCUUUGUUUCUUGGGUUAUAAUAAGACACAAAUUAAGAUGUUCUCUGGUAACCAUUACCAUUGUCAUGAUAUAAACAUCUUGGAUUUCAACUACCCUUCAAUAACAGUACCUAAACUCUAUGGAUCAGUUACCUUGACUAGGAAGCUGAAAAAUGUUGGUCCACCAGGAACAUAUGUUGCAAGCUUACGUGUACCAAAAGGACUUUUCAUAUUUGUGGAGCCUAAUAUAUUGAAAUUUGACAACAUUGGUGAAGAGAAGAGCUUUAAGGUAAUAAUUGAAGUUGCUAGAUCAGGUGUUGCUACUGUGUUUGGAGGGCUAACUUGGUCAGAUGGUAAACACUAUGUUAGGAGUCCAAUUGUAGUUGGGGGAGUUAAAGGGUAGAGUAUAUUGUUAUCAGAUUUUAGGUGUUGAUCAAUUAUUGAUAGCAAUUUAGGAAUUAGGAUGACAAUUUUACUUUUUAUUAUUUUGGGGAGAUUGGGGAAAAGUAAAAACUCAUAACUUGAAAUUAUUGAUCUUAAUUAUCAUUUUCUAUUUAUUUGUCACUUCAAGCCAACGUGCUUUUAUGGUUAAAAGGUGAUCUACACUUUAAUUGUA